UUGUAAUCAAAACAUUUUGACUGUCCCCUCCGUCUGCUGCUUUGCUCACCGUCUCAAGUCUCAGGAUCAAGGAAAAGCGCGCGAAAGCUAGAACAAAACCCUAGCAAAGCAAUGCCGGAGCUUCCAGAGGUAGAGGCGGCGAGAAGAGCGAUAGAAGAGAACUGUUUGGGAAAGAAGAUCAAGAAAGCUAUUAUUGCAAAUGACUCUAAAGUCAUCGAAGGAGUCUCCGCCUCGGACUUCGAGUCCUCUCUCUUAGGCAAGACCAUCGUCUCCGCUCACCGGAAGGGCAAGAACCUCUGGCUCCGCCUCGAUUCCCCUCCUUUUCCUUCUUUCCAGUUCGGGAUGACUGGUGCUAUUUACAUAAAAGGUGUUGCUGUCACACAAUAUAAGAGGUCUGCUGUAAAGGACAAUGAUGAAUGGCCUUCCAAAUAUUCAAAGUUCUUUGUUGAACUAGAGGAUGGUUUGGAGCUGUCUUUCACAGAUAAGAGGCGAUUUGCUAGAGUUCGCUUGCUCAAAGAUCCUACUUCUGUUCCCCCAAUAUCUGAGCUGGGUCCUGAUGCACUGUUCCAGCCUAUGACAGUUGAUGAAUUUACAGAAUCCUUAAACAAGAAGAAGAUUGCCAUUAAAGCUCUAUUGCUGGAUCAGAGUUUUAUCUCUGGAAUUGGCAACUGGAUUGCAGACGAAGUGCUAUACCAAGCAAGGAUUCAUCCACUGCAGAUUUCCUCCAGCUUAUCCAAAGAAAACUGUGCAACUUUACUCCAGUGCAUCAAUGAGGUUAUUGAAAAAGCAGUUGAAGUUGGGGCAGAUAGUAGUCAGUUCCCUAGUAAUUGGAUAUUUCAUUCUCGUGAAAAGAAGCCUGGCAAGGCUUUUGUUGACGGGAAGAAAAUUGACUUUAUCAAUGCCGGUGGCAGGACAUCAGCAUAUGUGCCGGAGUUGCAGAAGUUGAGUGGAAAACAAGCUACAAAAGCAGCAGGUAAACCUAGAAAGCAGGCUUCCAAGAGGAAAGGCGGUGAGGAUGAGGAUAAUGAUGAAGAUGACAAGGGUGAUGAACCUACAAGUGAGGAAGAGGAAACUACUAAAGGUGCCAAAUCGAAAAAAAGGGGAAACCCUAGAGGUCGUGGUAAAAAGCCUCCAACGAAGAGAAAAUCCGAAGAGAGUGAUGAUGACAGUGGUGGUAACGAAGAUGGUAGUAGCGACGAUGAUGAUAAUGAUGAUGAAGAUGCGAAAAAGAAACCUAGAAAGGCUAAAACUAAUAAUUACAAACAAGCAAAGACUUCGAAUGCAUCCAAUCAAGUAGUUAGCAAUCAAAGUGGUAAAAAGCCAAAGAAGAAAGCAAAGUAGGUGGCUGAGAAGACAUCACAUGUAGCUGUGGCAAACCCUUACCCAAGUUUCGGAAGUAUGAAAGGGCUGGCGUUUUGCGCACUUUGUAAGAGGUAUUUAUGGCUCAGCCCUGUUUUUGUAACAACAGUAGGUCAAUUCUGAAUCUGUUUGCUGCUGCUCUGUUAAUAGCUGCCUAAUCCUAUUGUUGCUUGAUACUUUGAAGAAUGGGAUUUCAUUCCCUGGUUGUAUUUAAGGUUUCUAAAGCAGUAAAAUCCAAUGCUCAGCUUAAUUGCUACUCAUUUUGAUCA